AUUAUUAGUGUUUAUUAGCAGCUAAGGAUGAAGCCCAAGGCAGCUUUCUCCUGAUUCGCUCUUUUCACACUUCCGGGUUUGAGAAGGCGGAAACUCGUUGUUGUGUAAACUCACUUCCGGUUAAUGCAGCAAGAAAUAAUAAUAAUAAUAAUAAUAAUAACAGCAGAGGCGACAUCUCAGUGUCCCUGUUCUGUACCUGGCUGUCAAACAAACACACACAAGCAGCCGCAGCUGAGUUUUCAUGGCUUCCCGAACAGCGGUUCUGAACGGAGCGGAUGGGUUCGAGCGGUCCGCCGGGAUGAAGGUCCGGACUUCACGAUACUCCGAGGGAGUCGGUUUGUUUGUCGCCGGCGCUUUCAUGAAGCUGACUCCACUCCAGCCAUCGGCCGGAAGCGGUUAAAGCUCGGUUCAGUGCCGGCCCGGUUCUGGUGGAAUAGCUGGGAUGGGUCAUUCUCAGAAAAUAUUUUGGUGUACAGACUGAAAUACACGUGCAGGAAUGGGCACUCUCCUGAUCCCCAACUGGUAAAAUCAUGCUGUAAUUCAGGGCUUUGAUGAUAGAGGGCAGUGCAACUCCAUGAAGAAGGACCAGGAUGUUGAGCAGCCAUUUUGAAAAAAAUCACUGGUGCAUGAGUGUUGGAAUCCAGGAUAGUGAUCAGGCCUAAACAAUGGCUGGUGGUAAAGGCAAAGAGAACUGGAUUCCAAAAAAGAUCCUUAUGGCUAAACGCAGAGCAAGGCUAUACCGAGAUCCUGAAGCUCAUGAGCUAUACAAAGAAAGAGAAAGGCAAAGGUAUCGGCAAAGAAAAGCAGCUGGUAAGAUCAAAACUGUCCAUGACUUAUCUGACUGCUCGUACAGAGAACAGCUUCAAAAGUGGCGCGAGUCAAAACGUAAAGAACGCAUGGCCAAGAAAGAAGCAGAGAGGCAUGCAAAUAAUGCUGAACCAGCUUUGCUUAUAACACCAGUGAGAAAUGCCCAUCAAAACAUUGGUUCCCCAGCCCCAUCCCAUCAAAGAAGGGCAGGGAGAAAGAUGUAUCGUGAAGACGGAAAGGCCUAUCGAAUGAUUGAAAAAUGGCAGCAACAAGUUCAAAACCUCAAAAAUGAAUUUGCUAGAUACAAACGACGCCAUAAAAAGAUAAUCCAAGAGUCUAACCUUCGUGCUACCAGUAAUGCAUGUACCAAACUAUGGGUUAGUGAUUCCCCAGCUACAAAAGCCAAGAAACUUACUGAGUCAGCCAGCAGAACUGAAGUCCGAAGACGGUUGACUUUAGGUUUCUGUCUUGCUCAUUCUAUCCAAAAGAAAAUGUCUGAGACUAAUUCAAAGAAAAGAAAAAAGCUUGUACAAGUCUUGAUGGCUAACAAUCUCCUUAAGAAGUAUUGUUUCAUGAGGAAGGCUGCCAUUGAGCUGAAAUUAUCAAGGAUGAAAUUGCAACAAAAAAGAGACGCUGUCCUGAAUGAAAUGGCCAUAACAAAACGAGCAACAUCUACUGUCACAAAAUUAGCCCACAUGUCACAAAGGGAUCGAGCAACAGAACACCUCGGUCAUGAGGCUCACCCCGACCUCUCUGUGGAAGGAUGUUGGCCAGAAGGCAUCUCGUCUGAGCGAACCUGGCUUGAUCAUGGCUACAUCAUUGCUCCUGUUUCAGGUGGUGAGACAUCAAGCGCUGUGGGAGCCAUCACACCUGUGGAUGAACAGAAACCUGUAGUAAAGGAAGAACCUGAAGAUGAAGACUACCACUGUGAAGAAACAUCCAUCCCUGUGGUACACCGCAGCCCUGUGGAUGAACAGAAUGAAGAAUUUCAAAUCAUGCUUGUGAAAGAGGAAGAGUCUGAUGAUGAAGGCAGCAUCUGUACAGCGACAGUUUGUGAUUCGGGACCUUUUAGACUUUUUGUAAUGGAGUCGGAAGAGUUGCAACCGAGCCCUUUGAGAAAAUCGCGACAGCUUCACACUCCUGCUCGCUCACAGCUUUGUGAGGAUGUGAGGACAGAAACCCGUACGGAUUCAGGUGGAGGAACAUCAGGCUCUGUGGGACACAUCAACACUGUGAACCAUCAGAAACGCAUCAAAAAAGAAGAAACUGAAGAUGAAGACUACCUCUGUGGCGAGACAUCAAGCGCUGUGGGAGCCAUCACACCUGUGGAUGAACAGAAACCUGUAAUAAAGGAAGAACCUGAAGAUGAAGACUACCACUGUGAAGAAACAUCCAUCCCUGUGGUACACCGCAGCCCUGUGGAUGAACAGAAUGAAGAAUUUCAAAUCAUGCUUGUGAAAGAGGAAGAGUCUGAUGAUGAAGGCAGCAUCUGUACGGCGACAGUUUGUGAAACGGACGAUGAUCAGCUGCAAGUCUUCUCCUGCUCCUGGUGUUCACUUUCCUAUCCAUCUCAAAUUGACCUCGAAAAGCACAUCAGGAGAAACCAUAAUGAUGAAUAUGAGAAAGUGGUGAUAUCAGGAGAGAUCCAGUAUGAGAAUCUGAUCUUGACAAGAAGCUCGAAUCUUCAGCAAAUAUCUUCUGAUGCUGUGACCAGGACCAGCUCUCACGGACAAGUGCAGAAAGUAUAUCACUGUUUGCAGUGUGGGAACGGAUUUACAAACAAGAGCAACCUCAAAGCACACCAACGCAUUCACACAGGAGAGAAGCCGUAUCAGUGCUCGCAGUGCGGGAAGAGUUUUACCCGACAGAGUUCUCUCCAGCAGCACCAGGUCGUUCACACGGGAGAGAAGCCACAUCUCUGCAUCGAGUGUGGAAAGACUUUUACCCGACAGAGUUCUCUCCAGCAGCACUGGCGCAUUCACACCGGAGAGAAGCCGCAUCACUGCUCGGAGUGUGGGAAACGGUUUCCUCGACAGAGCGACCUUCAAAAACAUCAGCGGAUUCACACGGGAGAGAAACCGUAUCAGUGCUCGCAGUGUGGGAAGAGUUUCAGCCAAAAAGGCAAUCUUCAAACACACCAGCAAAUUCAUACAGAAGAGAAACCGUAUCACUGCUUACAGUGUGGGAAGAGUUUUACCUGGCAGAGUACUUUUCAAACACACCAGCGCAUUCAUCUCAGAAAAGCCAUAUCAUUAGUCACAGCGUAAGAACCGUCUGAUACCCCUUUUCCACCAAAUCAGUUCCAGGGCUGGUUCACAACUCGUUCAACUUGCGAGCCAGCUGAGAACCAGUUUGCUUUUCCAUAGCUCGCGAUGCUAAGGGGAGCCACGUCAUUACGUCGCUGUAUACGUCAGUUACGUUUGCAUAAACCUUGGUGCGAAUAUCGAAGCAAAAACAACACGGAAGAAGCAGCAGCAGCAACAACAAUAAUAAUAAUAAUAAUGGCUGACUUUGCGUUUGUACAGCUGCUGCUUCUCGUUGCUUAAAAAUGGCGAUCUUUCGCGGUCUUGUUAUUGUUGUUGGUCUUAACAACUCCGCCUCCCCGCUGACGUAAGCGGUUCUUUCCUCUGGCCCAGCAGAGAGUUGGUGCUAGCCUGGAACCGGUUUUUCUGGCCCCAGAGCCAGUUCUUUGUCAGUGGAAACAGAAAACCUGGUUCCAAACUAAGCCCCGAACCAGCCCUGGAACUGCUUUGGUGGAAAAGGGGCCUGAGUGAACUCCAGUGACAGCAGCGUGUUCAAAUAAUCGAAGCUGCAAGAGAUUCACAUGUUCUGGUGUAUUUAAUGCAUAACAUUAGAGCUAUCGGAUUUCCAGCUGUUGAGGAAACAAUGUUGUGGUACAUUUUGUAAACAUUUAAUUUGUCUCUUUAGCCGUAAGAUUGAAGUGGACUGGUAAAGUGAUAAACACAAAACUCAAUUCAAUACAAUUCAGUUUUUACUUGCAUAGCAGUUUUUUAACAUUAGACAUCGUUAUGAAGCUGCUUCACACAAAACCUUCACUAGUAAUUUAUGUUCUUUGAAUAAACUGGGUGGCUAACUGUGAA